AUGAUUUCAUCCUUUGAGAUGCAAGGAUCUGGUGGGUCUUCCAGUAAGAGCACUUCCACCACUACAGUUUGGCACGGGCAGGAGGGGGCCCAAGCCCCAUGUCGCGCUUCCAGCGGGUUUCAGCAUCCCAGGCAGGAGAUGGGUCCCAGCAAACUGGGCAAGCUCAAAGGCAAAACGAGCCCGAGCUCGUGCCUAGGGACUGCUGACGUUAGCAACGAAAUUUUUUAA